AUGGCGGCGCGGCUGCUCCCGCUGCUCCCGCUGCUGCUGCGCUGGGCCCGGCCCGUCCAGGGCACCGCCCCGCCGGGCGGCGGAUGGCUGGCGGGCUCGGUGCCGGAGGAGGAGCGCUGCACCGUAGAGCGGGUCGAUGCCUCCCUCACAUACUCCCUCUUCCUGCAGCGGUUCGCCUUCUCCCGGCCAGUGAUCCUCGGCGGGGUCACGGACAACUCGGCGUUCCGAGCCCUGUGCACCCGGGAGAAGCUGCUGGCGGCGUUCGGGCCGCUCCCGGUGCGGCUCAGCACGGCCAACACCUACUCGUACCGCAAAGUGGAUGUGCCGUUCCAGGAGUACGUGGAGCGGCUGCUGCAGCCGCAGGACCCGGCCCGGCUGGGCAGUGACACCCUCUACUUCUUUGGGGACAACAACUUCACCGAGUGGGGCCCCCUGUUCCAACACUACGUGCCCCCUCCGUUCCGCAUCCCGGGCACCAGCCCUGCCUACAGCUUCGGGAUCGCAGGCUCAGGCUCCGGUGUUCCCUUUCACUGGCACGGCCCCGGUUUCUCUGAGGUGAUUUUUGGCAGGAAGCGCUGGUUCCUGUACCCCCCGGAUAAAACCCCCCACUUCCACCCCAACGAGACGACGCUGGCCUGGCUCCAGCACACGUACCCCACACUGCCCCCUGCCCAGCGCCCCCUCGAGUGCACCCUGCGCCCCGGGGAGGUCCUGUACUUCCCUGACCGCUGGUGGCACGCGACACUCAACCUGGACACCAGUGUCUUCAUCUCCACCUUCCUUGGGUAGAGCCAGGAAGGACAAGGAUGUGUCACCAUCAUCCUGGACAAGGCAGGAAUUCCUGCCACCCUCAGGGAAAGGCAACUGGUUUGGGGACCAACUGCCUGAGAAAGUUCUGGUUUUUACUUGUCUUUUUCCUCCCCCUUGGAUUAAAGUUGUUCUACUGUA